AUGUCAUUCAGAGGCAACAACCCGCGCUACGGCCAUCUACCUCCAGUUCAAUAUCCCGUUGCUGGCCAUGGUCAAAAUGUCUACCCGCCACGUAGGGGUAGCUUCAACGAGGGCGAUGACGCUGCUGCCGACCCAGCUCGGCACCACAGUCCCUCCAUGGGAAGGCAGGCGGAGGGGUACAUGACGAGCCCGACUGCUUCGGCAGCUGGCUACCAACAGUCAUAUCAAAAUCAGGCUCAACAACCGCCCCUUUCGCCGACAUCAUACAACCCACAAGACUUUGCGAGAUCGAGCUCGACCACGUUGCCCUACCACCCAGCUGCGCGAUAUGCUUCGCCGCCCGCCCAUCCCACGAGCUACACCCCGCAACCCACGACCUACAACCAUGCGACCUACGACCCGUCGGCCUACGCAGGCGUCAGCCCGACUCAGCAGCGAUACAACCAGUAUGGGCAUGUCUACAGCAGUUCCAUGGCGUCUCAGCAAGCGAACGCGUCGUAUUCUUCCCAACAGGAGAACCCACCCUAUAGCCCCACGUAUAAUCAUCACGAAGUCGUGUCACCGCAGAUGCAUGCAGCAGCAGCAGCUGGAGGAGGAAACUCACAGUACGCGCCCAGUCUGCCGAGUCCUCAGUACUCGUCACAUUCGACACCAUCAAUGACACCUACGCCCUUUCAGGCUGCAUGGACCGGCGGCCUUCACCAGUCCAACGGAACCACCUCCCCGCAGGGCCCUCAAUACACUGCUCAGGCGCCGUAUCCCGGGUCCUUCCAAAUGCCUGUUGGCCCAAAUUAUUCAGCAGCAGAUCCAAAUGCGGCCUUCAUGACUUCUCGAACGCGCCAGGCAUCACAUACGUCGCCGGCCCCGUCGCCUCCCGUGUACGAUCAACCUUCGUCCCCAGGCCUCGCCAGGCAUCCGACGAAUGCACCGCUCCCAAGUCGACCGACAGAAAUGACUCCAGACGAGAGGGCAGGCGACCCGAGCCUGACAUACUUUUCCAAUGAACAGGUGGCGCAGGAAAGCUUGAUGGAGGACAUAUUCAACGACCUUGGUGGAGAAGGCGGCCACGCUUCCCGGCCCGCGCCGAUCAACGGAAACAUAUCCGACGAUGAUCUGGACAGACUUCGCACCAGCUUUGACUCGCGAGCGUCGACUAUGCAGGGGACUAUCAGCACAGGUGUGGGUCGGUACAACUCGAACGCAUCUACGCUCAACAGUCGUAGCACGCCGGCCACCUUCUUCGAGGACGAUGAUAGUGAUGGGGAUGGAGCAGCCGGUCUGGCCAUGAUGCAGGAGGAUGAGCUGACAGACCGCCGCUUCAGCGGAAACACGUCAUAUUCACUAUAUCCUCCCAACCACCCAGUAGCAACAUCCUCGCUACCUGCUCCCCCAGAGGAGCAGCCGAGUGGCAGCGACAGCGAGUACGCAGGUGCACUGGAUCUUGCGGCCUUGAGCGGAGGUUACACGCCGAACCUGAACCUGUCGUACGACAAUAAUGCGGCUUCGCCGCCGGCAAGGUCAACGUCACUUCAGAGCCGUGAAAGGCCACUGCCGCCCCCUCCAACGGACCAAACUCUCCCCUAUCCAGAUGAUGAUAGUGACGAUGGGGGUUACUAUGGGUUGGCUAUCGAUGUGGACUACGGUGAUACCGGUGGGCUGCAGGCUCCCACGGCCCAGCGCCGCAGCUUUGACGAGGGGGAUGAUCGUGCGAGUGGCAGUGACUCCCCCGUCAAGGAGGACCUCCCUGAUCUCUUCUUCCACCCAGGGCUAUCCAAUCGCCCAUUGCCGGCCCUGCCUGGUGGGUCUGAUACAAGUCCUUCGCUCUCUGUGCAGUCACCAAGCCGCGGACCAAGUCAGCACAGCUACUCACUCAGUAGUGACUCAAGGGUGCAACGCGCCGAUGGCUUCGACGUCGGCCAGCAACCAUUGACCCAUCAACAACAGGUCGAGAGGUCCAUUUCGCUGUCAAGUCAUACUACAACACCCGCCGUCCAGGUCCCCGGAAGAUCAAGAACAGAUGCUGCAGAAGAGCGCAGGAAGGCAUUACGGCAACAGCAACAUCAGCACAAUGGUUCGCAGCUGGGCACCCCACUGGAGGGCUACGAGACGGGGACUCCGUCUCCCAUGGCUUAUGAUCUGAUCACACUGCCAAGUGGGCGCAAGAAGAAGUUUAUUCCUGAGAAGUUGAGCACUGGUGACUGCAAGCGCUGCGCAGAGCCUUGGGCGCUGAGCAGCAUUGCAGCUUGGCUCCGGGAGAUGGCGGAAGGCGAGCCGGACCUAAAGCGCAAGACCGUCGAGGACGGCCUCACCAAGCUCUUCACCACCAAGGUGCCGACCAUGAACAUCGCAGACGCCGAGACACUGGGCGUGAUUGUGGCUGAUCGGCUGUACGAGGCCGGCAUACUUCUUGAGGAUGAGGAGUGGGUAAAAUUUGGCCAGGGAACGCUCUCUGGUGUCUUGUGGCAGCUGACUGGGUCCGGUUGCUAUGCACCAAAGGUGCACGAGACCGAGGUUGGUGGCAGAUGCUAUUCGUACCAUUGCACGCGAACGCUGAAGAAGGCCAACCUGGACGAGCUCUUGGCGGACGAGUCUGAGCACCACGCCGACUGGGCGACAUUCUACAAGCUCGAUAAAGCCGGCGUGGAGGCGAAACCCAAAAAGGAGACCGAGCGACAAAACAUUCUUCACGAGAUCGUGACUGGUGAGGAAGACUAUAUGGCACAAUUGGAGGUCGUCCGGCUGUUGUACCGAGAUCAGCUCAAGGCAUGGGCGCCUCCCAUCAUUCCCCCCGCGAAGAUCAAUGCUUUCGUCGACAAAGUCUUUGGGAAGGUCGACGCAGUUCACCAGGUCAACAAGGAAUACCUACUGGCGCAGCUGAAGUAUCGCCAGAAUGAGCAGGGCCCGUGGAUCACUGGAUUCUCAGACAUCUUUCGUGAUUGGAUCCGAAAAGCAGAAGCACCCUACCUGGAAUUUUCUGCAGCCUUUCCCCAUGCCCAGCUGGCCAUUCGCAAAGAGGCUUCCCGCAAUGUGCUGUUUGCUCAGUUCCUAGAGCACGUGCAGCGUCACAAACGGUCGAAUCGAUUAGGCUGGGACACUUUCCUGAAGGCGCCCAUCACCCGACUGCAAAGAUACAGUCUGCUUCUCGACGCAAGCUUGAAGAAGAUGGUGCAGGACAGUGAGGAGAAGACCAACUUGCUGAAGGCCCUCGAAGAGAUCAGAGCUGUGACACACAAGUGCGACGAAGCCGUGGCCCGCAGCAAGAGCAAGGUCGAUCUUCAUAUGCUACAGUCCGCGCUGGUCCUCCGCCCAGGGUUCCAAUCAGUCCUCAACCUGGAUCACCUGGGAAGACAGCUGAUUCACCAAGGCGACCUCACAAGAAUGGGGUCCAAAGGUGUGCGGUGGGUCGAUACACACGCAUUGCUGUUUGACCACUACUUCAUCCUGGCGAAGGAGUAUCCCUCCAAAGACGGGAAGGACAAGAAAUAUGACGUGUCUAAAGAGCCAAUUCCCAUGCCCUUGCUCUUCCUGGAAAGUAUGCGCGAUGAACCCGUCAUGAAGCAGGGCGGGUUGAGGGCCCCUCUCACCCGGACCGCGAUCGCCAAUGCCUCCGGUACACAGCUGAACAAGGUCAUGUCGAACGGGGAUCGCCCUGUGCUGUCACACUCCGACACUGGAUCUUCGAUGGGGUCUCUGAAUAUGAACGCCGUUACUCGCAUCAACACUGCGAGCUCGGCAGAUUCUGUUCUAUUCCCCUUCCGAGUGAAGCAUCUUGGCCACGAAGUGUACACUCUAUACGCAACGUCUCAACAGGACCGCGAGCUCUGGUGUAGCAAGAUCAUCGAGGCCAAGACUCAGCACGCAAGAGCAUUGCACGCCCAGAAUGCAGAGCCUUUCAGGCUUCGAAUCCUGGCGGACGGUGCAUUUGCAUACGACACGGUCUCCGCGAUCGGCAAGACGCCUGGUGUGCCUAUCAAGGGAACACCUCUUGAUCGCUCGAUCCGCGAAAUUGAGAAGAUAUAUGGUUCUGGGAGAGGGCCACCAGCCGUGUGCAGGGCUCAAGUGAAUUGCGCUACGGCGUUUACAGCGUUCAACAAGUCACUGGUGGCAAUUGGAACAGACUAUGGAGUUUAUAUCUCUGAGGCCUCAAAUCCUCGGGGUUGGACCAGGUCUGUGCAACUCGCCAGGGUGACGCAGAUAGCUGUCCUGGAAGAGUUCUCCAUCUGUCUCAUCACAGCAGAUCGGUCCCUAAUCGCGUAUCCCCUGGAGACAAUUGCGCCCACCUCGAACUUCCCAGCCGCAAGUCACGACAGCGUGCGCAAGGCACCACAACGGCUUGCCAAGGACGUCACAUUCUUCGCCACAGCCCGCAUGAAGGAACGCAUGCUCAUCUUCUACAAGCGGAAGGAAGGCAUGCACACCACCUUCAAGGUGCUCGAGCCAGUCUUCCAGCGGUCCUCGGAGAAACGACCUCGCAUCUUUGGUGGACGUCGUGGCGGCAACGGUUUGACAGAGUCGUUCCGGGAUUUUGACGAGUUCUAUCUGCCAACAGAAUGCUACUCGCUCAACCUGUUCCAGACGUACAUCGCCGUGGCCACCGCAAAAGGCUUCGAGAUGCUCACGCUGGACAAGAAACAGACCAUGUCCGUGCCCAGCGGUCUCGGCCAGCCCACCAUUGCCAACAUUGCGAACCGCAUCCGCGACCAGCGGCCACUCGGCAUGUUCAAGCUCAACGAGCAAGAGUUCAUCCUCGCCUAUGAGGACUGUGCGGUCUAUGUCGACAAGCACGGUGAGGUUUCCCGCACGCUGAUCAUGGAGUACUCGGGCAAGCAGAAGAAGGCCCGCGGGGCGACCAUGUUCGGGCAGUACCUCGUCCUGUUCAAUGAGGACUACGUUGAGGUGCGCAAUGCCGAGAACGGCAGGCUGCGGCAGAUCGUGGCUGGUCGCGACGUGCGCUGUCUCGACUAUGGAGUGCGCGGCCCGACAGGCGCGGGUGGUGUCGGGGCGGGCUCGAUCAUCGCCGGUGAGCAAGACUCCAAGGGCACUGUCAAGAUCACCAUGACGCAUCCCGAGGUUCCUGGCAUGCAAAUUAUCCUGGAGUUACUACUUAAUGAUGGACACGACAAGGCUGGCUAA